AUGGUUCAACCAGAAAUCGGAUUGGAGGUGGUCAUUGUCGGCGACCAGCCGCCUUCUUCAAUCACCUAUGAUCAUAAAAAUAAGCAGAAGAAGAUCAUCAAUAAUAAUCAAUCAAGCCGCAGAAACCACUACUCAUCAUCAAAGAGAAGAUCGAAGGUUGAACAAGAAGAAGAAGAAGCCAUAAUAACUAAGAUCAAUGCUGGCUACUUCAGGAUUUGCAUAUCCCUUGCCGCUCAAGCUUUGUUAUGGAGAUCCCUCAUCAUCGGUAGUAGUGAAACUAAUACUCAUAAGUUACCUUGGACCGUGUAUCUCCUCAUCUGGUGCCUCACGCUAUGUGUGUUGGUGUCUCUGUCCAUCCUCUACGCUCUCAGGUGCAUUUUCCACUUCAACAUGGUGAAAGCCGAAUUCCAUCACCAUGUAGGAGUCAAUUACCUUUACGCCCCUUGGAUUUCGUGUCUGUUGUUGCUUAGGUCCGCACCCUCCUUUGUGUUUCAAAACAAGUACUCGUAUGAGUACGUAUGGUGGCCCCUUAUCAUCCCGGUCAUCGCUCUGGAUGUAAAGGUCUAUGGGCAGUGGUUCACCGCCGAGAAGAGGUUCCUGUGCAUGGUGGCGAACCCUACCAGCCAGCUGUCUGUGAUCGGGAACUUGGUUGGAGCCCAUGCCGCCAUCAAGAUGGGAUGGAGGGAGAGCGGCAUCUGCUUAUUCACACUUGGGAUGAUACAUUAUCUGGUGGUUUUUAUCACCCUUUACCAGCGCUUAUCAGGCAGCAACAAUUACAAUAACCUCCCUUCCAGGCUCCGCCCUGUGUUGUUCCUCUUUGUAGCCACCCCGAGCAUGGCAGCCUUAGCUUGGAAGUCCAUUAAUCAUGAUAACUUCGACAUCUUAUGCAAAAUGCUCUUCUUUCUAUCCUUAUUUCUUUUAAUAUCAUUGGCAAGUCGGCCGGUGCUAUUCAAGAAAUCGGUGAAAAGCUUCAGCGUGGCAUGGUGGGCAUUCUCCUUCCCACUUUCCUUCCUUGCAUUAGCUUCCACGGCAUAUGCUCAAGAUCAGCAGCUGCAGGCCAAGGGGUCGCUACCCAUGGCUUUGGCUCUUGUUUUGUCCUCCAUUUCCGUUCUUGUUUUUCUGUUUCUGCUGCUCUGCUCCACAUUGAAGAUGGAUUCCCUUCUUCGCAACCCCAUUCUCAUCUUCUCAGAAUGA